AUGCCGUAUUCAUUUGAUGAUGUUACUCCAGUGGAGUUGAACGAAGAAGAGCCUCAACUUUGCCGUAUUUUAUACGAUGAUGAGUACAAAGAGACGAUGGGGAUUUUGUUGGCAUUAAUGGAGAAGAAAGAGUAUUCCGAACGAGCUUUAUAUAUUACAGAAAAAGGAAUUGAGCUUCUUGCAUCGCAUUACACGAUUUGGAACUACAGGUAUAAUAUCUUGCGCCAUUUACAUAACGACCUUCUAGAAGAAUUAGACUGGUGUGAACAGAUUGCAUUGGAUAACGAGAAGAAUUACCAGAUAUGGAACUACCGUCAACUUAUCAUUAGUCAAAUCGACAAUUUUCCUCCUCACAGAGAGUAUCCCAUCAUUAAUGCUAUGCUAGAUCUGGAUAGUAAAAAUCAUCACGUCUGGUCGCAUAGGAAAUGGUUGGUGGAAACUUUUGGGCUACAUGAAGAUCCAAAAGAGAUAACUUUUGUCAACUCAUGCAUUGAUGAGGAUGUAAUGAAUAACUCUGCAUGGUCACAUCGAUUUUACAUCAAGUUCUCUAAAACUGAUUCUCAUGUGGAGGAAGAGAUCUUAUACACUAGAGAUCAGAUUGAGAGAUGUCCUCAGAAUCCUUCUUCUUGGAACUAUUUGUUAGGAAUUUACAGAGUCUUUGGAAUGGAUAUCUCUGAACUUGAGCUGUUCUGCUUGCAGUUCGCUAAUAUUUCAAAUAUGGGGGUCACUGAAAUUAUUCGAUCUUCAUUUGCGUUGGAAGCAUUAGCAAACAUAUAUGAAACAAAAGACAAGAAUAAGUCAGCAGCCAUAUAUGAUCUUCUAGCUUUAACAUAUGAUCCAAUCAGGGAGAACUAUUGGAACUACAAAAAAUCGAUUCUCUCUUCAUGA